AUGGAACAAGAAGUGAUAGAUAGUUUACAGAAGCUACGUCUCAUAAAAGAAGAAGAGGAAGAUAUUCUUAUUACAAAUACAAGUAGACCUGAUUUGAUUGAAGAAUGCUCUCUCAGUUUUUUUAGGCGUCUUCUCACGAAUCACCAUCAAAACCAGAGAGCUCUUAAGAACACUCUAAGACAAGCAUGGAAGAUGGGAUCUGAUCUAAGAAUUGUUGAAGUGGGCAAAGGCAUCCUCCAGUUUAAAUUCAACUCUAUGUAUCAGUUAGACUGGGUUGGAAAAAGUGGGCCGUGGAACUUUGAUAGCAAACUUCUCCUUCUAUGCCGGUGGAGGAAAGGCCUAUCUGUAUCAAAUAUUACCUUUACCCACUCUCCAUUUUGGGUUCAAGUAUGGGGCCUGCCUUUCGAGCAGAUGUCUAAAGAAGUUGGGAAAAAUAUUGGUAGGAAGAUUGGAAAAGUCAUAGAAGUAGAUAAAUGGUCACUGCAAGCAGACCAGGCGAAGUUCUUGAGAGCAAGAGUGGAUAUGCCCAUUGAUAAGCCUCUGAGGAGAAGAGGUUAUGUAGCUAUCGAAGAAGGGGGAAGAAGCUGGGUCACCUUCAAGUACGAAAGACUCCCCACGUUCUGUUUCAUCUAUGGCAUGCUAGGGCAUGAUGAUAGGUACUGUGCAGCAACUCCUUCAGAGCAAUCUCCAGAACGACAAUAUGAAGAAUGGUUAAGGGUAGGAGGAAUCAGUAGAUUUGGAGGUGAGAAAGCAAAAGCAUAA